AUGGCACUCGUCGAUUAUUCUUCAUCCGAGUCCGGGUCCGAGCCGGAACCCGAUACUCGCUCUGUCAAACGUCGUAAAGGUGACCAGAGUACAGACGGAGCUGCCGGUGCUUCUUCUAUGCCGCCUUUGCCUGAUACCUUUCAUGAUCUAUAUGCUUCCACUGUUCGACAGAGCGUCGUUGAUGAUCCGAGUUUGCAUCAGGGACGGAAGAGGCAGGUUCCUCAUGUAGUCGGCAACUGGCCCAGUCAUGUCUAUACAGAGUGGCAUCCAUCUACUGAACAGCACAAACUUCUCACUGCUCUUAUUGCCGACAUUGAGGAACAGGUGUCGAGUGACACCAAGCUCUUUAAUUUCCUGACAAGCGAUCUGGGAUCACCUCUACCACUUCACGUCAGCUUGUCUCGUCCAUUGUCACUCACAACAGGAAACAAGGAUGAGUUUCUAGAUAAAAUAACAGAAUCCUUUAACAACAGUGGCGUCCCACCCUUUGUCAUCAAGCCCCAGGGCCUCGCAUGGUUCAGAUCACCAGAUUCAGACCGCACAUUUCUCGUCCUCCGCGUCGCGAGGGUUGCCGACACCAAGGAUAAAGCGAUCCCUCUAAAUCCAGAACUCACCAGCUUACUAUCAAGGAGCAACUCGGUAGCAGCACAAUUUGAUCAACCGACGUUGUAUCAACGAGAUCAAAGAGAGCCUGUCGGAAGUGCUUUCCACGUCUCUAUUGGAUGGACGUUUCAUUUACCGGUGGAUGAAAUGUCGCUCAAGACACUGCGGUUGUUUAAACAGUCCAAGUUUGACGAUAUACGCAAAUGGGAGAUCAGUGUGCCGGGGAUCAAGGUCAAGAUUGGAAAUGUUGUGAAUCACAUUUCGCUCAAGGCUGGCCGAAGAGGUGCGCCGUCAAAGUCGACAUCUUUUCUCGAGUCAUGA